AUUGACCUUCUUUGUGCGGCCUAGACUGUAGCCCUGAGCCCUGUCCACCACAGAGUCAGGGGACCUUGAGUAUAUUUCGGGUUAGAAACGGGUGUAAAUAUUUUGUGUUGUCUAUGUUUAGACUUUGUAUAUAAUCAACUCUUAGUACAAUGCCGGGUGAGGUGGAAAUACCCACUCUAGAGGAACUAAAUGUCAACGAGGUGAAUGUGUCCUCAGCAGUGUUGAAAGCAGCAGCUCAUCACUAUGGGUCGCAGUGUGACAAGGCCAAUAAGGAGUUCAUGUUGUGCCGCUGGGAGGAAAAGGACCCAAGGAAAUGCUUGAAUGAGGGAAGGAAGGUCAAUGAGUGUGCUCUGCAGUUCUUCAGGCAGAUAAAGACUAGCUGUGCUGAACCCUUCACAGAAUAUUGGACCUGCUUGGAUUACUCCAAUUUGUCCGAGCUGCGCCGCUGUCGCAAGCAGCAACAUGCAUUUGACAGCUGCGUUCUAGACAAGCUGGGCUGGGAGAGACCUGCUCUUGGAGAUCUGUCAAAGAUCACCAAGGUCCAGACAGACAGGCCUUUCCCUGAGAAUGCAUAUCACUCGAGGCCAAGACCAGAGCCCAAUCCUGUCAUUGAGGGGGAGCUCCAGCCUUCCAAACAUGGCAGCAGACUGUUCUUCUGGAACUGGUGAAGAAGUGUCUCACCUACUGAAUCUGAAUGUUUAGUGAGCCACUGCAGGCUUUGAAAUGUGCAAUGCAGCUUGUACCAUACCAAUCUGUUUAAUGUAUGUAAAAAAAAAUUUAAAAAAAUAAAUUCCCUCCCAAAAAUAAAAAAAAGAUUAAUUUAAAAACUUGGCUAUAAACUUCACUGAUGUGUAUAUAAUGUAUACAGACUGUGGUUUAAAAUAUAGAGCCGAGACAUUCUUUAAUGUCUCCAGAGUAGGGAUGUUAGUUUCCAUUUGUUUUUCUUAAACAUUUAAACUUUAAACUAAUGGAAAUGUUUUUUACCAAUCAGAAAAGCCAUCAAAAGAAGCCCCCCAUAGCUAUUUUAUAAACUACUGCAAAAUUUGUGCAUUAGCAUUUGUGUUUAAGACUGCAUUUGUGUAUAUGAAAUACAAUGAGGAACUAUUCAAUAAACAUACUGUGUAUUUGGCCUGCA